GAAUAGAGGGUUACCAUGGCCGAUUCAUCUUCGUCUCCUUCACAGUCCUUCGUUACAAAGCAUUGGGAGGGUUACAAGGAUUUCUGGUGCGAGCGAUUCUCCUUCCUCAACAACUACUCCAAGUUCGUCAAGCGGGACAAGCCCCUCCCUUCCUGGUCCGACUCUGACGUCGAAGCCUUCAUUGCUCUCGACCCUGUCAAUGGCUCCGCUCUGAAGACUGCUAGGGAAGCAGUGAACUUUGGUCUUACAGGAAGUGUUAUUGGAGCGGUAUCAACUGCUGGCUUUGCGUGGAAAUAUUCAAGGAGUUUACAUGGUGCUGGACUGUCCCUUCUAGCUGGAGGUGUUUUUGGCUGGACAUUUGGACAGGAAGUUGCAAAUCACUGGCUGCAACUUUACAGGUUCGACACCUUGGCUGCACAAUCCAAGUUCCUUGAGUGGUGGCAAGAAAAGAACGAGAGACGAUCUUAAACAUGGCUUGCUCUCGGAAGCAAAGAUAAUAACCGUUGUUCCAGUUCUACAAUAAGAAUCAAACACACCUGUGUUGAAAGUUGUAAUGGGAAAAGAUUGUAUUUACUUUAUAUUUGUGCUGGAUUGUUUCUUUUGGGCUCUUAAGAAAAUCAGUCUGAUGAAAUUGCAACAUUUUGUGAA